UAAAGACUGUCAGCUUCCUGCCUGCAAACAGACGACAGGAAGAUUUGGAUCAUGCAGUCCGUGUUUUGGUGGCUGCUCUUUGCAUUUCCAGUUUGCACAGCAAACUUUUCCCCGCCACUGGUGAGCAUCAAUCUGGACCAGGCUCCGGAGCUGAGAUGGUCUCCACUUAAAGAUGUCUUCAGUAAGGAUUUCUUACAGAAAGCAGCAGCUGAGGUGAUCGAUGCUACAAUUCCAGGAUGGAUUAACCAUGUUAUCAAACCUAUAGCGAGAGUUCUGGCAUGGUUUACCCCUCAGCCCUACGCUUCUGAGAUCACAGGCAUUGCAGCUUGCUUUGGCAUUGACAUCGCUGACGCCCUGCUGCUCAAUUUUGCUUAUGAAGUUUCCCCGUUAUGCAGCAGUAUUUUAGCUCAAGACACCAAAGGACAAAUCUAUCAUGCUCGAAACAUGGACUACCCCCAUAAAGUGCUCAAGAAUGUUACGAUUGAUGUUCUGUUCAGCAAAAAUGGAGAAGUGGCCUACAGAGGCACUACUUUUGCUGGUUAUGUCGGGUUAUGGACUGGGCAAAGUAAAAACAACUUCACUGUGUCUGGGAAUCAGCGAAGUGAAGGCAACUGGUGGGGAAAUAUCAUUUCCACUUUCCUUUUGAGGAACUCUCCUGUUAGCUGGCUAGUGAGAGAGACUCUUGAAAAGGCUCCAGACUACAGGAGUGCAGUCAUGCAGUUGUCCAAUGUACCCAUCAUUGCUAAAGUGUACUACAUUGUGGGAGGUGUUCAUCCAGGAGAAGGUGUGGUCAUCACCAGAGACAGGAGCGGUCCUGCUGAUAUCUGGCCUUUGGAUACACUCAAUGGAAACUGGUACAGGGUUCAGACAAACUACGAUCACUGGCUGCCCGCACCAAAACGAGACAAUAGAAGAGGAGCUGCUAUGAAAGCAUUGGAUGAUGCAGGUCAAGAUAACAUCAACUUGAGCUCUCUUUACCAGAUUUUAUCAGUGCCUCCCAUAUGCAAUAGGAUAACAAUCUACACAACAAUGAUGAAUGCAGCUGCCCUAAAGGAAUACAGAACUGAGGUUAAAGAGACAUGUGACUUUUUGAACUUACCAAAAAGUACUUCCAAACCCACAUACAACAGUGGCAAUUUCAAUAAGUUGUAUGAUAUGAUGUUUAAUGAAGAAUGAUAACAUGUUAAAUAUGUGCUUUAGACAUACCUUUAGAUAUGUCUUAUCUUUGGACAUCUGUAUAUCAAUGACAUUAACAGGCAACAAAAUCAAUAAAAAAAUUCAUUUCCUAAUUUA